CCCUGGCUAAAGAAAGAAAGACAUCGAUAUGAAGACAUGUGCUUUGUCAUUUAUAAGGAGAUCUUUAUGUGAGAAGGGUGCUUAAUCUUAAAAAGGACUGUCUCUCGGUUUUAUAUCAGAUUCUGCGAAUUCCUUUCCAAAGCAGUAAAUCCCUUAAUACGGCAAGAUGAAGGUCUGGAGAGAUGCGGGUCUUACCUACAUCCAUUAUUCCAACAUCGCAGCCCGCGUGGUGCGAGAGGCCCUCCGAGUUGAGCUCCGUGCGGAUGCCGCCAAGCGAAACGUCAGCCAUGUGAAGUUCACUCCUUGGGAGAACGGAAGGCCUGUGCCGCGCAAGAAGGUAGAACGCGAAACCGAGUCCUAGGAGCCAUGUGCACCAUGUUCCAUCCAAUAUAUCAGCUGUCAUGAUUCUACAACAAUAAUUAAAAUAAAUUGGAAUGAUGGAGGAGCCUUUCUUUUUUACAUAA